AUGUACGAUGGCGUGCUGAGGAUAAAGCUCUCGCCAGGAGUCAAGUUAGUAGGGGAAUGGUUGCGUAGUAAGCAGCUACAGUUGGCGCAUCAUAAAACGGAGAUGAUAGUCGUUAACAACCGGAAAACGGUGCAGGAAACGACAAUUAUAGUCGGUGGCGGCGACAUCACCUCCAAGAGAUCUUUGAAACAACUGGGUAUGAUGUUCGACGAUAAGUUGAGCUCCAAAAGUCAUGUCGACUACGGUGUGCUCCAGCAAGCGCAGACUGCUGGCAAGCGUGGCGAUUUCAAUACUGCGAUACGGAGGUCUAGUCUGGGUGUCGGCGUUGAGCGGAAACUGCAACGUGCAAAAGCAGGAGGAUGUGUAAUCACGGGCAUGAUGCCUAUCAAACUGGUGGUGAAGGAAGAUUAG